CUCACAGGCAGUGGGCGGUUCAUCCUCCUUUUUAGCUCCAGUCAGAGUCACAUUACAGCUCAUAACCCGGAGCUGUCCGUGGACCAGCCGACAGGUGCAGUCACUCCCUGAGCUCCAGAGCCUCGCCUUCCAGUCACACAAACAGAUUGUGCGAUAUGAGAGGACGGUACAAAAGAAAGAACUCGAGAGGAAGAAGCGAUGAAACAGCGGACAGAGCUGGACUCUCUCCUCUGCCCGGGGAAACGGCAGCGGGCUCUGCCGAGUCAGACACACCUGUUCCAGGUGUGGGCGGCAGGAAAAAAGGUGCAAGAUGUUCCAUGUAUGGUGAUGACAAGGUCUACCUUGGAGUCCGUGUCAAAAUGCCAGUGAAGGACCUUCUGAAAAACAUUCGUAUAGCACAAGGCUGGGAGCCUCAAGAUCUGAAGGAGAGAUGUAGCAAAACCGUCAAAGGAGACAUGAAACGAGUCAAAACUCGCUCAAGACGGCAAGCUGUCAAGGGACAACACCUCACAAAAAGCCUGGAAGAACUAGCAAUCAUCGUUGAAGUGCUGGAGGAGGAUCUCAGGACUGGGAACACCUACACCUCAUCUCCCCGAAAUCUGUCCUCUUUUGAAUCUCCAGUGUCUCCUGAACUGUCUCCAACUGGUGCAGGAUACAGCAGCGAUGAGUACAGUGAAAUGAUCCCCAGCCCCCAGUCCUACACGACCUACUCACCAGGCACAGCAGAGUACUACCAAGCCCAGUCCCCUCCUGACUUCUACAACAGCCUACACACCCCCAGCACUGAAAAUAUGAGCGAACAUGGUGAAAGAGGGGAGGAGUGGUCUGAGCCUCAGAACCACAACUGGGAAGAGAAUAGCUCUUCUUUCUUCUGGACACAGCUGCAGAGAGAGGAGAGCCAGCUAGGAGACAUCUCUGAUGCAGUACUGCUGGCCACUGAUGAACAUGGCAGGACAGCUCUCCAUAAUGUGAUGUGUGUUGGAAAGAGAGCACUGGGCUACGCUAUCGCCAAAAGGAUGGCAACACUUAACAGCCUGGACCUCAAAGACUCUGAUGGAAUGACUGCCCUCCUCUAUGCGGCAAAGUACAAUCACCACCUGAUGGUGGCAGAUCUGAUCUAUUUGGGAGCCAACAUCAAUGAGACAAACAACUCAGGAAAGUCCUGCCUCCAUCUCAGUGCAGAGAAUGGCUACAUAAGAGUUCUAGAGGUUCUAAAACAGGCGAUGAUGAAUGGUGUGUAUGUUGAUGUCGAAGCCACCGAUAAGUCUGGAUUGACUGUCCUCCAGUGUGUUGCUGUGGCUCUGAAGACCUCUGUAUCUGAACCGGAGAACAGCCAAUCCCACAGUCAAACCAGACUCCACAUGCUUCGCCAAGAACAGAUGAUGGAGACUCUGGAGUUUCUGCUGCAGAUGGGCAACUUUCCUUCAUACCAUGGGGAGCCGCAGUAUGCAGCCCAGGACUGGCCAAGCACCCAGUACCUCUGCCCGGCAGGGCAUUUUGGAACCCCGACAGUAAUGUUUUGAGUUUAUUCAGGCUUGACUUUGUCAUGGAGAGAUCCUAAUUAGUCGUGUUCUCUCUCUAAGUAUGAGUUCAGGUCUGUGAUGUACUGUAAAUCAUCUGAUGUUCUGUGUGUGGUAAAAUGCCUGUCUUGCAAUCAGGUAUUUAUUGUAACCUGCACAGAAAAGUUUGAGUUUCUGUGAAACUUCCCUUGUUUGUUACGUUGGAGUAGCAAUUUAUCCUCAAUUAGUGUGUCUGGAGAUUCUGGAGGGUGUAAAAUCUAUGGCAGUGUAUUUGAAUUAAUGGUGGCAUAAGUAUGCUUUUUUCUAAGAGUGAGGCAGUGUUUUAAAGGCCUGGCCAGUUUCCAACAUUUAGGGAAAGUGAUAGUGACCAUAUGAUGUUUUUUACAUCGAGAGGAGUAGAGUACAGAAGUUUUUGCUGAUAAUGCAGAUUGUAGUUCAUUGAUGUGUCGAUAUCACAUCUGUGAUUUCACAAACAAAGCACAGAUGUUGUUUUAGUAAUGGAGUUUUUAAAAAAUAUUUCCCUUCCUACUGGGACACAGUUUAAUUUGUAGCCAAAUAGAUUUUAAGCCAUAGAAUUUACAUUUUGGAUCUUGAAUGGACUUUUGUACUAGAGGGCAUUAAGGUUUCCUAAGUAUUGUGGGAGUUGAUGGAUAAUAAAUACAGUGACAUUGACAUUCUGUAGCCUGCCCUGUGCAGGGACUUGUAGUUCUAUUUAUGCAUUACCUCUUAGCAUACAAAGUGUUAGGAGUCUGCAUGGUGAAAUGUGAUGUUCUGUGGUGUGUCAGUCUUAAAUGCUCUGCUGCGAUCGCUUUCUUAAUGGAACUUAAAGGAGAAUAUCAGUUUAAUUCAGCAUGAAGCUGUCAGUCACAGUUGAAGCUGGACAGCUAUUGGUUAGGUGUUAAACAGCACCUAGGUCAAAUUCUUACUGUCCUGUAAGGGCUAUGUCGUUGUAGGGGCACUUGAGGAAGAGCAGAAGUAAAAGUCUUCAUAUCGUAGCAGCUAUUGUUUUCUCCACAAUCUCCACAAAACACAAUAAAAUGGGUUUUCACCAUUAAGGAACCUUUCUUUGCUGAAUGCAAGAUAAAAAUUUAUAUUGAUCCAGUGUGUAACUCUCCAAAGAGCAGCAAAGAAACAUUUUUACAUUUUUUAUCAAGGGCAUUGGGACAUUGUGCUCUAGUGCAUGUAAAGGUUCUAAAAAAGUUGGUAGUUUUAUAUUAUUGCUGUGUGGCAUUUAUCAGGUGUUUCUGGGAACAGGUUUAAACCAAGGAAAAACUCCUAUCUUGAGCCAGUGUCACGUCUCUUUUCUUAUGUUUGAUUUGUCAAAUAGGUCAUUUUUUUUGUUAACGUGUCAAAACUGGACUUCUUUUUUCUUCUUUUUUGCUGUUAAGUCAUAAAAGCCAAAUGAUUUCUCAGUUAACAUUUGCUAAAGGUGAAAAAGUUGUCUCAGUAACUCUUCUUUGUAGUUUGUUAAUGCGGUGGGGGACAACGGUGAGCAGGAUAACAUCAUAUUAAUAUGAAGAUAUAAAGAAUAUUUAGGUAUUUUGAAGUUGUGGGUGGUGAUAGACCAGCAUUAGUAUAGUAUUUACUGACUUAUUUGUAUUAUUCACAAUUCAGUUGUUAUAGAAUCUAAUGACUAAUCUGUGGUAAGUUCUAUCAUGAUGAUGCAAAUGCUUUUUAAAGAAAUAAUAUAAUACCAGCAAAGACCACAUGUAAGAAAAGAAUGUUUGUAGGACUAAAAAUAUGGGUUAGGCUGCAUAUAGUUGCAUGUAAAUUAAAGAACAGUCAUAACAUGAUUGGUAAUCUGGGUAAUAAGCUCUUGAUACACUAUGAGAAAAAACUAAUGUACAUCUACAGGAUGUUGAUAUAAGUUUAUGUACUUAGUAUGUAGUGAGAGUAGCCUCCUAAAAACUACUGUCUUUGGAACAAAUGAAUUAAUUUUGUCAUUUAUUCUAUAUGAUGUAGUACAUGUGAAUUCCAGCCUCAGUGCUUUUAUAUAACAGCACCCUCUUAUACCUAAGGUACUAGUUUAAUCUUGCAAGGAUUUGUGCUUUAAUGUUGACCCAAGGCUUGAUGUUUGGUGCUUCCAGUAGUGAGAGAGUGUCUGAAAAGUCACUGAUUUACGACGUCCCUUCAGUUUGAUCUUGUAUUGCAUCGUAAAUCAUGACAUGUUCGUUGACUCAUGCUUACUGUUAAAGUUCAGGCAGAGGUGGGUACCAGACAGAAAUUAUGUAAUAGUUUCAGUCACUAUUUUUUUUUAUCAUGACAGUUGUUCAUAACAAAAUAAUUGCAUAAUUGCAACAUUUAAAGCUUUAUAGACCAGUUGAGCUCUAUGCUAUUAUUGGUCACAGGGACUACUUCUUAUUAAUCUCAAUUAAAGGUUUUGUUCUGCUCUUCAGAAAUGUCAUUUUAUGACUGUACACAAUGUUUACAUCACUUUUGAUAAGAUGCGAAAAUUGCAUGUACGUGGUUUUUCCACAGUGCUGACAUGUAAUAAUUGUCAUUAAUUAUUAAUUGUUCUGUAACAGUAUCUGUAUUUUCAUCUCAAAGAAUUCAAUAAACUUAUGGGUUUGGUCA